CUGUUACUUCAUCACUAAAUGGAUCUUUGCUGAUGGCUGAAUAUGCAACUAUCCUUAACAGCCAUAUUUCAGUAGAUGGCAAAUUUGCUCACCUGACACUUCAGACUGGGUGUAUUUCCAGACACAGUGUCCAACUUGGGUUCAGACACUCCAUUCCACUUCUGCAGUCUUUGAGCAUCCCAAGAGAGAACAAAAUUAAAGUUGAAGCAGGCAGACACCAGGGUCACAAGGCCCUAAUUGACAUUACAUUUGGCCAGUGUGAUGUGAAGGUUUCUGCUGAGGCAAAAAACAGAAAUCAUGGAGUAGAUGUAGUGCGGUCAUCAAAAUGGUCAGCUUCCCUAAUUAACGACUGUCCUGCACUGAAGAAAGUUGGAAUUUCGCAAAACCUUGGAAUUACUGGUUCAUUCUCUCUGAAUAAAUGUAAUUCUGUCCUUAAUGGGAGCCUAACAUAUGAUGGAAAAACUGUGAGCAUCCUACUGGAAACAGCAUGUGACCCACAGUACUCACUCACUGGAAGCCUGCAGCACUCUGUUCCCCAUCUAAGUGAUGCUGGACUUCCUAAUGAAAACAGAAUAAUUCUGUCUACAGCCAGAGGCCCAAAAACUGAAGGAUUCUUACUGCUGGAAUUUGGGAAAUGCACAAUAAGGAUUGUCGGAGACCUCAGAGUUGAAAACAAGACUGAAUGGAUGUGGAGGAAUGAAAAUGAAUGCAAGCUGCUGCAGGACUUCAGCAUUCCUGCCCACUCUCAGUUUAAGGGCAGCUUGCAGACUGACACAUGUAAAGCUGAAUUUGGUACAACAAUUCUGUUGGAUGCAAAUUCAGCCACUCUAGAAGUGAAAUCAUUAUGGCAUCCAGAACUCAAUGCAGAGAUCAGUUUCCACCACAACAUGUCAUUUCUGAAGAGUAUCCCAGAGGAAAACAAGAUAUCCAUCCGAGCAGGGAACCAGACAAACUAUGAACUCAUCUUUAAACUGAAUUCUGGAAACUGCAUCCUUGAAUCAUCUGGAGAUUUUCAACUUGAAAACAAACUGAAAUGGAAACUUGUGGUGGACAACAAAUGUAAACAGUUGCAGGAUUAUGGAAUACCGUUAACAGCUAAUGGCUCAGGCCACAUCCUGCUCAAUCAAGCUAACCUGGACUCACAGAUCAUGGUAAAUGUGGACGCAGAAAAGCUAAAGGGAACACUAGCAAUGAGGACAACUGAUACUAAACAAGAAAUGGAUGCUUCCUUGUCACAGAAUUUUCAAGGCGCUUUAAAUCUAGGCAUUCCUGCAAAUACGGUAGUGGAUAUCUCCUCAGAAAAAUCUGAUGAUCUGUAUCAGAGACUGAUCAGGCUUAAAGCUGAUAACAAACAGAUUACAGAAGAAUUAAGCUUCAUUCAGAAGCCAAAUCUAAUUGCUGUUCAUUACAAGCUUAUGCACAAUAUAGACACACUGAGGAAUCUGAUGAUAGAAGACAAGACUGACAUCAAGAUAGCCUCUUCCAUUAAUGGAUCAAGCCCUAAUAUUGAAGGCUCAAUGCAAGUCCAGUUUGGAGACAUGUCUCUUUUAUGCACAGUAACUUGUUAUCUGGUUGGACAGCGAUUUGAACUUGCUUUGAAGAACAGCCACAAUAAUGAAAGGCUCCGUGCUGCUGGUUUUGCGAAGAUCAUUGCCCUUUCCACUCUACUGGAGAAACAAGGUUUAAAGAUCAUCUCAAGCCUGAAGGGCAGAUAUGACGAAAAAGGCCUGGCAAUACAUGCAAACACAUCGACUGGUUUUGAGGAUGGAAAACCACUUGUGCUGAAUGUGAACGUGGAACAUUCUGUACCAGUUUUCAAGAAAUUCGGUCUGCCUUUCAGUGUUCAGGUGGACUCCUCAGCAGGGCUGAAUGACUCAGAUUUUGAAGGCUCCCUAAAGCUUUAUUAUGAACCCAAAACAAAUCUUGUUGCAAUGUUGCGGGCUAGGAAUCAGCUGUCAAGCAAAGCAUUUCAGUAUACAGUGUCACAGAAUAUCCCACUUCUACUCAGUUAUCUACCAAGCACAGCUGAAAUCGCAACAGAGGUGAACUAUUUCACAAACAAAAUAGAAAGCAAGUUAUUAACUCGACUUCAGCAGCAUGAGUUCCAGCUGUCUUCCACCAUAGCUGUGAUGGAGUUUGGAUAUUCAGAGGUCUUUGGUCUCUCUCAUACAUUUCCACAGUUAACACGAGUUCCUAAACAGCUUACGUCUACCUCUGUGUACCAGAAAUUUAACAGAACACACAUCCUGAAUCACAAUAUGUUAUGGGACGGCAAGGAGACCAAGUUUAUGGGAACUUACAUGGGCCUUUUUCCAAAGCUGUUUGGAAGCCAUGAACUUAAAGUGGACUUAUUCCAUUCUUUUAACAUCCCAUUACCUCAUCAGUUGAAGUUAAGUACACAUUUGGCUCAUUCGACACACAGCCAUCAGGAUGACAUCAUCUUUGGAUGGAACGGCAGGCAGCAGAUGAGGCUGUGCACAACAACAAACAUGACAAUAAUCUCCAGUGCAUACCAGAUUGUGUAUCUUUUGAUAGAGAAUGAAGUAGUCGGUUGUUCUCAUGAAAGUAUGAAACUUUCUCAGCAUCGUCUUAUGACAAUCAAAAAGUUUAUUGAUAUUGGAAUACUUUUUUUACAGGAUUUUCAUGACAGUCAUCUUCUGACUCUACUUCAUGAGUCAAAAUACUGA